AUGAGUUCAAUGGAAUUAGCGGAUGUUGAAGAGGAGAUUCCUUUAGAAAUAGAAGAUUAUUCCUGCAAUACACUCUUUGAGGAAGUUGUUAAAGAGAUGGAACAGUACAUUAUAAUGGAAUUCCGCACGCAUCCCGAAUUGCAACGGUUUGCCUUGACUACGAAUGCGGUGGGUGAAGGGAAGACCAGAUGCACACGUGGAACUGAUAAUGAUGAUGACAACAGGGAGAUGGUGUUGGGUCGGCGCUUCACCAUCAACCGCAGGAGUGCUCGUGAAGCUUGGAGUGACAAUGAUGGGGAGGAGAUUAUGGUUGAAAUUCACGUCCAUAAUUUUGAGCAGCAACAACAACAACAACACCCGAUCGUUCGCCUAUUUGCAGUUCCUGUGUUUUUUUUAGUGCGGAAUACGGCCACAUCUUUACAUCACAGUUACAGCGAAUCGUCCUUUUACCUUUCUCUCCUUGUCUGCGCUGUGAGUCGCGCUAUGCGUGUCUCAUUUUCACUUUACUUUGAGCGUGACCCACUGAGUCUCACAUCGCCUUUUUAUUAUGCAAAUGGAACAGUACCUUGCUUUGUUGCUGUCGGUGAUCCGUCGCAACUGACAUUUAUGGGAGUGGCACCGCCUGCAUUGGUGGAUGCGUUCACUAGCAACGGAGGCGCUGCGUUGGAUACCACACAUGCCACAUUGCACCAACUUUUUGUUCAUCUGGUGGUGAAGUGUCGCUUUUGUUGCACCGCGUACCCGAGCACUCCCGAUUGCUGUAGGAGAGUAAUUGAUUGCCUUGAUGUUUUCCAACUACACCUUGGGAAACAAAGCCGUGUGCGAAGGGAUACAUUUGAAGGCAUUUGUGUGUCGCUUCAACGUAAGUUUAAGUUGAUGCCGCCUCGCCGCUUUUCCAUGAAUCCCGCACUACCCCGGAUCACGUCCAGUGACAUACGUCAUGGUGAGCUUGCGUUGUCGUGGGGUGCUGCACUGGACAAUGAAAACGAUAAUAUUCUCCCGUCCACUAUGCGAACGACUUUCCCUUUUGGCACAGGGACCGCACCAUUACGUGGAAUUUAUUUCACGUUUCAGUGGAAUCAGCUGCGGGAUACGGAAGCGCGGGACGACGGAGCGCGCGCCUCCAACUUGAACCCAUUCACACCUGAAGCCAAAUAUAUGUUGGAAGACAAGUUAAAUAUUACAGCCGUAGCAAUUCCCAAAGAUGAAUCCGACUUGAAUCACGCAUCUUGUAAGUAUCUCUCAAAGUACUAUGAAACAGUAAUGCAAUACAUUUCUCAGGGUAGUGGAUCGGAAAACUCUCCAAAUAUUACGGACGAUAUAAUUGGUUUGGCGGAUGAUAUCAUGGACCGCUGCGGAGGUAUGUGGAAGGACCGUAACUCACCCGUCAGUCCGCUGGCAAUGUUUCCUGCAUGUAAGGGAGAAUUCAAAUCGGAUGUCCGCAAUGUCUACUACCCCGGUUCAUUAUUAUGUCGCUUUGCAUGUGCCUGCGCACGUGAUGUACACGAUAUUGAUGGUGUGCGUGCCUUGUGGAAAGUUAUUGUGCAGCGUCUAAAAGCCCUUCUUGACGACAGCGAGGACAGGAAGGGGUCACUGCAGAAACUAAUUGCCACCAUUGGCAUACCAGCUGUGGAUGAAAUUAAUCACGGAAUGCCUUUGAUCAUACAAAAGAUGCAGUUGCUUGUCAUAUGUUCCAGGCGGAUGCUAGAGAAAAACGCAACUGUGCCUGCUGAUCAGCCCGCACAGGACGAAUGGGGUUCCGCAAAUGAACAAGGUUCACCAAAAUUGGAUGGGUCGCAAGAUGGUGUGGAAGACGUGAUCCACCGCUCAAAUGAUAGUGAAUUUUAUGGACGUUGUACAAAAAGGGUCAAAAGACUUAUUACAAAUGGUGAGGUGCUUGUGGAACCGCAACCCCUUCCUGUUCCUCCCUAUACAACUGAUAUCCUACUCGCAAAGAGUCAGGAGGAACGUGAUCCACACUCGCACUCUGCCUCCUCUUCUCAGCACAGUCCCAGUUUGGUACUUAACGAGGGGCUGUUCAACGACAUGUGUUUAUUUCUUUAUGUAAAUCGAUCCCAUGAGGGACGGGUGGUCCGCUUUGCUGAUUUUGUUCAUUGGUACAGCCCGCGUGACUUUGUUUCUCCGCCACAUUCACCCGCCACUGGAACCACUGAAACUGGUGGUCCAACUAAACCCGACUUUGAGGUUGAUAUAAAUGACAGUGCUUAUCUCUCUGAACGGAUGCAACGCCGUGAGGACAAUACAUGGUGGCUAUUGUGGGAGCAGGCCGCCCCCCGUUCCCCAGAGGAGAUUAUUGAGCAGUUGUUUGUGCCGGAAGAGCAGGCACAUGAUGUCGUGAACUGGAUGGAAAGCGAGUUACAACUAGAUAUGCUCCUCUUGGAGACAGUGCAAGCCAAUUUCAGUAACGCCCUCCAUCCUUUACUUUCCCAUCGCCACGUUGAAACCAACGAAGCGAUUGCGGCUUAUGUUAUGCAGAAAUCGGAGGAAGUUACGAGCAGCAUAAAGGACUUGUUUUACAGCGACCCGCUAUUUUCUAAUGUUGAGACUCUUCGAACGACAUACAGCACAGCAAUACGCCGAGUUGAGGAGAUUGAGACUAGCGUAUGCGUGGCCAUAGCCAUCGAGCGAACGCUUUGUACGCUUGACGUCAAUUGUCAGAUGUUAACAUCUCCAGUGACGAGAGGAGCUGUCACGGAAGAGGCUGAUCAUGAGGCUUUAAGGGAAUUUAUUGCAGCGCUCUCAUCACCACAGGUACCAAAAAACAGCGACAGUGCGUUAACUUCUCUUCGCUUGCGUACCGGCUCGCUCCGAUGGGAUGUAUGGCAUCGGUGUCGUGUCUUUGAGCGUUUUUCAGAAGAUGAGCGCUCGCCCAUUUCGACAUACCUCCGCGCCACGUGUAUGGCAGAGCGCCCAUUAAAUACAACACCGUGUUUUCAGCAAAUGAUCGCAGAAACAGACGAGGGAGGGACUUUCCGCGUUGCACUAACGCUGGCCGAGGAAGUACUUUAG